AUGGAGUCGGAUCCCGACGCCAUGAUGUGCGCAGCGAACGAGAUAUCCUCAAAGAUCCAGCACUUCUCCACACACAUCCCACAGCUCAGAGACUCCCUGGUCUCUACCGUCCGAGCCCCAUGCGAACAAGCCAUCACGACCGUCAUCGAGCUCGGCACCGCUGCGCGCGAGCUCGAGCUCAUCCCCGCCUCCUCCCCGUCCUCCCAUCGCUCCGCCGUGCUCUCCGCACGAACGCGCAACGUCGCCGCGCGCGCGCACGAGCAAUUCGUCGCCGUCCACCAGCUCGCCCAGUCUGCGCUACAGGAUGCGAAUAAGACUGCGGUCGAGGUUGCUUACUGGUCAGGGAGGGUGGAUACCUGCGUGCACCAGGUCCGCGACGCGAUGGGACUGCUGCAGUCGGAGAUUCAAGAGACGAAGGAGCAAGUUAAAACGUCGCAACAGACGAUAGAGGCUGCCCAAAGGGACAUUCAACGAGCCAAUGAGACGAUAGCGCAUGCGAACGGCGAAUUGAUAGGGGCGAGGGCAGUAGCUAUAGUGAGGGACGUCUUUACAUUCGGUCUUGGAGUAAUCGCCGACUUGGGAAACUGUUACAGAAAUAUAGGCCACUGGGAGCGAGUCAUUGCUGAUGCCUCCCGCUCUUGUGAGGACGCGCGCAAUCGCAUCGGCAUCGCAGAGGCGCAGUUGGCCAAUUAUCAUAGCUCCAUUGAACGGCUCAGCGGCCGUCAAGACCAGCUGAACAAUAUAGUUCCCCAACUGGACGACGCCCGCCAAUCCCUCAACCGCCAUCGCGAGCACAUGCUGGAGCUCGUGACCACCACGUUCGACGUCUCUGUUUUCCUUGGCGGGCUCGCAGCACAAACUGCGCCUUGGGAUGCGAUACAGACUGCGUCUGGUCAUAUGGAGGCAAUCACGAAGCUCCAGAGUGUCGUCAAUGCGAACCCGCGUCUGAUUGAUAUUUGCACGAUGGACGCCGCGCGGCUUAAUGAUUCUCUGCGUUCGAUAGCGAGCGCAGACCUGAAGGCGCUUAUGAAGGCCUAUGUGUGUGUGGAUACAUUCCGGGUGUACGAAUGGUUGCGAGGUCUGAGUGCCGCAUUGUCCCAUGUGGGCAACGGGUGGUCCUCGUUGAUGAGACGAUGCGCAGAAAUGAUCAGGGGCGGGUCAAUAUAG